UGGAGUCACGGCGCUUUUUCACGUACUCCAGCAGGAAAGCAACACACCAUUGUCCUUUUGAAUAAAAGUUGGCGAGUAAGGGGAGAAUGAAAGGACUAGCAACAUAGUUGCCUUGGAGACCAAUGUAAACAAUGAGUUGCUAUCGCGAUAUGAGGCGCACCCGGAAUAAGGGAGCAAAAAACCAACUGGGGGAAAAGGUUGCAGGAAUGACUCAUUUCCAGAUGAUAAACAGAGCAUUCAGAAAGAAACUGAAUUUGGACACAUUGCCAGCCUCCACUGCUUUCAGACCAGAUGCUUGAAGAGAGCACAUCAUAUUACCUCAAUUUGUGAUUGGAAAACUGUCACUAGCCUCAGUUGCAAUAUGGUGGACUUUAUUCAAACCAUGGAACCUAUGAACAAACAGACUCCGAGGCCUAAGUACAAAUUCAUUCAUCACUUAGCAUCAGGAAAUUCUGGGUUGAGCGCAUCAAUUUCCCCUGCUACAAUACCAAGCAAGUAUCAAACUGUGAGGUUUGAAAUUCCUGAGAGGAAGGGGUUUGGUUCACAAACAAGAAGGUUUGAUGAUGAUUUCCAGAGUGAAAACCCAGGACCAGGUUCCUAUGAUUACAUUCAUAAAUCAAUCGAAACUUUCAGCACCUCAGUCUCCAAAAGAGGAAUGGGUGGACUUGCAGCCAAAGCAUCCCGUCAAGGACGGAAAAGCAUUUCUCAGACACCAGGAGCAAAUGCUUACAAUAUUCCAUCUCGAUUUUUAUCGAAGGUCGAUUAUCAUCAGGGGAACAGCAGUAUGUUCCAGCGUCCCAUUGCUAUGAAAGUGGAUGAUCUUAAAAACGUUACACCAGGUCCCAAUGAGUAUAAUGUUUCUAAUGUUUAUCUUGGGAAAACUAACAAUGUCUCUGCUGAAUCAGCAUUUUUAUCACGAACCAGACGAGACCUGAUUCCACCAGGCAAACUGAAAGGACCCUCCCCAUGUCAAUACAAAGUCAACCAUUCUCUGACAAAGGAGUCACCAAAAUCCAUAGUCUCUUCUUUUAGAUCCAAGACAAUUCGCCUGAAAUAUCCAAAAGACUCAAACCCAGGACCAGCAACUUAUCAACCUUAUAAAUCGAUGGGACAGGAGCAGGUGCAAUAUGCACAUUUGCAUCCGUGGAAGAAACAUUAUAUGUGCAUUUCUGCUCCUCCCUUCCCAGUACACAAAAACCCGACUCCUCCUGGUCCAGGCUAUUAUGACGUUGUUGAUUUUCAUGAUCCACCCAAGCACUAUAUGUCCAAUGCUGUAUUUGUAUCUAACACUAGCCGAUGGACUGGGAAUGCUCAAAACAAAGAUGCUCCUGGGCCAGCCUCCUAUGCACCGAAGAAAAGUGGAAAACAGUCUUUCCUGUACAACACUGAUAACAAAUGGGUGCCAUCAUAGAUAUUGAGGGAGAAACAAGCAAGGACAGAUGGACUUUUCAUUGAUUUCACUUCAAGUCAGCUUUUCAGAUGCAAGCUGUGCUUUGGUGGCAUUGGACAUGAGCAUGGAGUCAUCAUGGAUUUAAACAUAAUUCUAUUAUUGAAAAAUAUGAUCAAGUAUUUGAAUUUAUCAUUAACCUUCGGGUGGAGACAGCUUCAGUUGCGUGUAUUAUCUAUCAUGUGAUAGAUCUCAAUCCUAAUCAAGUCUAAACAUUUUUCCAAAAGAAAAACAUUAUUGCUUUCUCCAGGAAUCAGUUGUUAUGCCAAACCUGCUAAUGAGUCAGUUUUCAUGUGAACUUAUAUCAUCCACGCAUGCAUUGAAAGCAUAAUGUUGUGAUCAUUUAAUAUUUAUUUAUUUAUUUACUUCAAGCAAACAUUUUUAGUAACACUUCUUUCCAAGGUAAAAUUCCAUUAUUAUGGCAGUAAGAAUUUGGGGAGACCGUGGUGAUUCAAUACUGCUCGAAGCAAUGAUUCUGUCAAAGUCAUUAGUGUUGUACCAAUUGAACUUUACAUUGUUGUUGUAUCUGAAUAAAGAGCCGAAUCAUUGUGGUAAU